AUGACGAGUCCAAAUAUAUCUUUGUUGAUAUGGUGUGAUGGCCGUAUUGUGAGUUCUCCGUGUGGAAUAGAAUACCACGGGGGUCGUCCGGUUAAUAUGGCGCUUAGCGAGAGAAUGAGUUUCGAGGAAUUACAAAAUAUUUGUAGAAGAGCAGUUUCUACCGACGGGGAAGUAGAAAUUUCAAAAAUCUACUUCCGGCUUCCAAGAAUAGUUGGGGGUGCGAUACGGUCGUACUCGUUGUUUUCUGUGGAGAAUAACGAGCAUGUGUUUGGAAUUCUGAACGAGGUCGUGCGGUAUCCGCAACUCGAGAUUUUGGAAUUGUACGUGGAAUACGAGGCCGUGGUUCGCAACAAGACUUUACUAGAUCAGUUGGUCUUAGGUGAUUCAAGCGGGUCUGAGAGGGGUAGUGGUGAAGAGGAAGAAGAGGAAGAAGAGGAUUUCUACGACAGCAACGAAGAGGAUGUCGAGGAAGACUUAGGAGCAGAUUCACAAUAUGAGUCGCAACUUCCUGAGCAUGUAAGAACGGCGGAUCUUUGCGACUUUGACGUCGCCCCGGAGGAUGAUGAAAAGAUUAUGUGGGAUCCUGGGAUGGAAUUCCGAGUAGGGAUGGUAUUCCCAAAUCGCGAUGCCGUCCGAGCUUGUGCGACUACUUAUUCGGUCGGGGUGGGAAGAGAGUUCAAGGGUCGCCGGACUACCAACUCGACAAUAGUGUUGGCUUGCAGGCAGAACCCUGUAUGUAAAUGGUGGCUGCGCGCUACACUUCUGCAAGCAACUCAGACGUGGACGUUGACAAAAUAUAUUGGCCCGCACACGUGCAAUCAGCUGUUACCUGAUCCAAACCAUCGGAAUUUUGGGUCUGUUGCAAUCGCAGACUAUAUCAAGGGUCAAGUAAAGCUGCAACGUGAUAUACGGAUCGAUACCCUCAGAGCUGGAAUUUGGCAACAACUUGGAGUUAGGCCUCCGUAUAAACGAACCUGGAAUGCAAAGGAAAAGGCAAUAGCUGAUGUUUACGGUGGCUGGUAUGAAUCAUUUGGUAUGGUUCACAAGUUCAUGAACGAGAUGAUGCAUGUCAACCCUGGAUCUUUCUGGGAUGCAGAAGGCGCUGAGGUGUACACCGACGGGAUCCUUCAGCCGAAAGUCGUAACGUUCAUCCGAAUGUUCUGGACUUUCAAACCGACAAUUGAAGGGUUUCGUUUUUGCAAGCCAGUUUUGUUCGUCGACGGUACUCAUUUGUAUGGCAAAUACAAAAUGACCUUGUUGAUCGCGUCGGCAAUCGAUGGGAACAGUCACAUCAUGCCACUGGCAUUUGCACUUGUUGAAUCUGAAAGUACUGCCAGUUAUGAGUACUUUUUUGAACAUUUGCGUGAGCACGUGAUUUGCGAAAGGAAGGUGGCCAUUAUAUCUGAUCGGCACGCUGGAAUAUUGUCGGAACAAGGUUUUGAAGAAGCUGGCGGAUAA